UACUCGCCAACUCUAAGGAAAGAGCUGCACUGAACCCAUCAUGGGGGAUACUAAGCUCUGCCUUUUGCUGCUUUUAAGCACCAUCGCAUUGACAAAAGCUCAGGAAGAGGAUGCACCAUGCUUGAUUGCCAAAAGGUAUAAGAGCUUCCACAAGUAUGAGUACCUUUAUGAAGCGGAGUCCCUGAAUGCACUGAAUGGAGCUAUUAAUGGCCCCAAAGGCAGUUGCAAGGUUGUGAUUGAAGUCCCAGGCCCAUGUAGCUACAUUGUGCACACUACAGAGUGCACACUGAGCGAAGUCACUGAUGUUGAUGCAGAUGGUAACCCAGUCUUCGCACCUGCUGCUGGUGCUGAGGCCUUCAAGGCUGCCAUGGAAAAGCAUCCACUGAAAGUGACAGUUAAAGGAGACAAUGACAUCAAGUUGUUCCCUGAAGAUGAUGAGCCAAUCAAUAUCUUGAACAUCAAGAGGGGUAUCAUCUCAGCUCUUGCUGUGCCUGUGCUUGAGGAAGAGAGGAACAAGAGGAUGCCCACCAUUUACGGAUUGUGCAAGACUGACUACGCUGUGAACGCAAGGGAGGACAUUGCCACUGACGUUACUCUCACCAGGGACUUGUCCAGGUGCGACAACUUCAGGCCAGUCAAGGACCACACCAGCCCCCUUGCUCUCAUUACUGGCAUGCACUACCCUCUUGCCCAGCUGAUCAGAAGCACUCAGACCUGCAACUACAAGUUUGACAAUGCACAGUCCCACAUGACUUCUGGCAGUUGCACAGAGAACCAUAUUCUUGUGCCCUUCUCUCACAAGGGAGAGUAUGGUGUUACCAAUGUUGGUAAACAGGCCCUUACUCUUGUGGAAGUUACUGAGUACGACGAGAGAGUCUUUGACCACAAUGAAGCCAACAUGAAGACCCUGCACCCUGAUGCCAGCAUUGACCAGAGCCCUAUUCAGGACAAAGAUGCCGCUCUUGCUGUUCUCAGGGAGCUGGCUGGACUUUCCAAGACCAGUGAUGGACACAAGAGAGCUUACCUGGCCCACAAGCUUGUGAGCAUGAUCCGCAAGUUGAACGCUGAGACCUUGGCUGCUGGCGUGCACGAGGCUUUGGAGAUCUCCCGUCCUCUGACCUACCAGGCCUUGUUCCAGUGUGGCACCCCAGAGUGCAGCACUGCCAUCAUGCAGAUCCUUAGGACUUUCGAUAGCUCCUCUGUUGAGAUCGAUGCUGCCGUGUUCGCCAUGGGGCUGGUUCCCAACCCCUCUCGUGUCCUUGUCAAAGAGAUGCUUGAGAUGGCCAAGUUCAAGCCAAGCAAACCUAUCUACUAUGCUGCAAGCAAUGCUGUUAGAAGGCUUUACCAAGCUGAGGGAAAAGUGACCCCUGAGAUCCAAGCUGUGGCUGACUACGCUCUUGAACAAAUUGGAGAUUGCACUGGUGAUCAGGAUCACCUGUUCUUGUCCCUAAGGGUUAUUGGCAACAUGGCUGCUGCCAUGGGAGCUGCAAGUCCUGCCUUGAAGUCUGCAGUGAUUCAGUGUGUCAACCAGCCCGCAGCCUCUCCAGAGGUUCAGCAGGCAGCCAUUCAAGCUUUCAGACUGACUUCUGUUCCUGAGGAGGGCAGAGAGGUGCUCAUGCAGGUCCUUUUGGAUGGAGCAGCUCCUCUGCAGAAACGCGUGGCUGCUUACCUGAUCUUGAUGAAGGACCCUCAGCCUGCAGAACUUGCUCAGUUGGCUGCUGCAUUGCCCGCAGAGGAAAACAUCCAGGCCAAGAGCUUUGUCAUUUCCCAUGUCACCAACAUUCUUAGCUCUACUGCUCCUGAGACCACAGAACUGAGACAGAAGAUCCUUGAUGCUCUACAGGGCAAUGAGAUUGGAUCUGUCAUGGAUCCUACCAAGUUCUCUCGCAAUUAUAAGAUGGCUUCUCUGCAAGGAAACAUGAUCUUUGAAUCCACAAGCCACUUGCCCAAGGAGGUCAUGCUUGAGAUGACCCUGAAGGCUUUUGGAUAUGAUAUGGACAUGGUUGAGAUUGGCAUGGAGGGCAAAGGAUUUGAGCCAACUGUGGAAGCCUUGUUUGGUGCAAAUGGAUUCUUCCCUGACACUGUCCUGAAAACUAUUUAUUAUGCUGCUGACAAGAUGCCAGUUCAGAUUAAUCAAGUCCUGAGGAACAUCCUGCCAGCCUUGAGGAAUGACAGGAAAAAAAGACAGGCCUCACAAAACAUCAUCAAGGAAAUCAGCCGUAAUGUCAACAAACUGAUUGCGGAACUUAAGGCCCACGAUGCCCCAGAAGCAACGGUCUACCUACGACUUCUAGGUGCUGAGCUGGGAUUCCUCAAGACAAAGGAGAUGGAAGAGAUGGCCUACUCUGCAGCCAUGAUGAUCGACAACCUCCUAAAGAUGUUCCCCACUGACCUCAUAAAGGGACUGCUUUCUAGUGCCGAUAAUGAGCUCUUCCUGCACUACAUCUUCAUGGACAAUGAGUUCUACCUGCCGACUGGUCCUGGUGUCCCAUUGCGUGUAGCUCUGUCUGGUACCUUCACUCCUGGUGUCAAAGGAGGACUGAGCAUUGCUCCCGACAUGAGCGAAGUUGCUUUCAUGCCAUCUGCUGGAAUUGAGUUUGUGACUGAGGUCGGUGCUCACUUCCCUGAUUAUGUCCACUCUGGCCUGGAGAUGCACACCAACAUCUUCCAUGAGAGUGGCCUGAGAGCCAAAGUUGCCAUGACUGACAGCAACGUCAAGCUGUCCAUCCCUGCUCCUCAGGGUCCAACCAAGCUCAUCAGCAUUACCAACUCACUGGUUUCUGUCACCGGUGCUGAGAUCAAGCCUAUUCCUUCUGUGAUGGAACGAGUUGAUGUGUCAGAAUGCACACCGCUCUUCCCUGGAUUGAAGUAUUGCACUGCCCUGCAGUAUUCUGAUGCUAUGUCCAACGAUGCUGCUCCCUACUUCCCCUUCACUGGUGAUAGCAAGCUUGCUAUUGAAGUGCAUCCUACUGGUGAAGUGUCUGAGUACAGUGCAACUAUCGACUAUGCCUAUGAAGACAAGGUGGACAAACUGACAGUUGAUGUGAAAGCAGAAGGUACAUCUGUGGAAGCCAAGGCUGCUCUUAUGUUCAACAGACAGAAGUACACCGUCUCCGCCGAUCUCCAGAUCCCUGAUUACGACCUGGAAGCUGGGCUCAGAUUUGGAGCUGUUGACCCAAGUACAAAGGGCAAGGGCACUCACUCCAUUCAGAUUGACCUCAUCAAUAAGAACAUCCCACAGGCAUCUCUGGUUGCCCAUGCCAAGAUUGAGGCAGUGAAGGAUGCCAAGCUGGAGGUUCAGCUGCUCGUUCCCUCUGUUCAAGCCGACGCCACGGUCUCUGCUAACCUGAAGCAUGCAGAAGAGCUGACACUUGAACUCAAGAGUGACAUUAAGCUCCCUGAGACCUCCUCUGUGCAGAGUGUCACCCUGAAAUAUGAUGCAGAGAAAAUUGAAGCUGAGGUUAAGUCUGAUGUGAACUCGGAGAUUCACAAUAUCAUCCCCAACAUUGAUGCUGUUAAGACCAUGGCCAAUGGUCUUCUUGAUCAUCAGAUUGGCCAGACUGAAAUGAAAGUCCGUGACAUCCUGAGCAAAUCAGUUGAGGCUUCAAACGCUUACCUGGAGAAGUUUGCCGGUGAGAUUCCCUAUUUGCAGAACCUUAGAGUCCCUGCACUUCCUGAGAUCACGCUGCCCGAGAGACUCUUCCUGAAUGCUGAGGCUGCAGCCAAGUACCACUUCGGUCAACAUCACUACACCAUCAUCCUUCCCUUGCCUCUUGGCGGGAAAUCUUCUGAGGAGCUGAACUUCCCUGCUGCCCUCACCACCCCUCAUCUGGCUGUGCCCCAGCUUGGCAUAGAGCUGGCCUCUGUUCAGAUUCCCCUCCCUGAGGUUUUUGUUCCUGAGAGCAUCACUGUGUCCCUCCCAGUUUUCGGAAUGGCAGAGCUGUCUGGCAAAGUCAGCAGCAACCUUUACGACUUGGAGGCGGCUGUCUCUGCAGGCAGAGAUCCCGUAGAGAACCCCAGUUAUUCUGCCAAAGUAGAAGUCACUGGAACAUCACCCGUGGACCUCCUGUCACUCAAAGUUGAAGGGUCUGCGCUGCUUGCUGGUACCCCCGAUGAUUCUCUCAAGGCUGAGCUUAAGACUUCCGUAAGCCACAAGCUUAUUGAUGCCAGUGCAAGUGUUGUGGAAGAAGUAAGAAUUGCAGAGAAGGUUAGUGUAAAAACAAGCAGCAAGAUUGAAGCAACCAGCCCCCUGGGUCUGCAAGUGUCUCUGGAACACACUGGCCAACUCGGCGUCAAUGCUGAAGAGAUCUCUGGAGAUUGCAACCUUGAGGGAUCCUUGAAGGCAGGACCUGUGUAUGGCACUGCUACCCUCACACCAUCUUUUGCUGUCUUCCCAUUCAGGCCAGAGGCAAAGAUUGAUACAUCUCUGAAAGUUGAUUCAACACUGCUCCAGGCUCAGAACACAAUUGCUGCUGCCUUUGCCAAUGGCGAGCUUUCUAUUGCAUCCAACACAGCAGUGUUUGAAGAUUCCCUGACGCACGUCGCUGAGGUCACCUUCAAAGAAUCCACUCUCGCUGUGAAAUCUGACACUAAAGCAUUAGCUCUUGGCCUUACGGUGCAAAAUGUUGCUGAGGCCACCGCAGGUGCUGGUGUAGUUAGCAUCAAAGUGGACAGUGCUGUUGAGCAAUCUGAAGACCGUAUCCACUCUCUGGUCACCGCUACCCUGGAUGUCAAUGGUCUGGCUGUGAACAGCGACGCCUCUGGCAAACUGGGUUCUCAUAGUGCUGCCCACAAAGCCAGUCUGACCCUGAACAAAGAUGGCCUGAUUACUAGUGGCACCACUUCACUGCAGAGCCCUCUAACCUUGGAAAACACCUUCAGCGGUGCGCUUGAUGCUUCUAAGGCCUCUCUGUCCAUCGAGACUAAGAGUGGAUAUGCGGGGAUAACAGCUGAGAAUACUAACUCUCUGACAGCCUCUCUGUCCUCAGUUGCUUUCGCUUCCAAAGCCGACGCUGUUGUUGCAGAUGGUACCUCCUACUCACACGACAUCGCCUUUAAUGUAGAACCUUACACCGCUCUUGUGAAAAUCAGCAAUGAUCUGAAGAUCCUGCACGUCAACCUGGUCAAUGAAGCUGAGCUGAAAGCAGAGCCUUACAAAGCUGACCUGACAGGGAAUGUGAAACUUGCUUAUGCUGAGGAAGAGCUGAAGCACACCUAUGAGAUCAGCUAUGCAGACCUGGCUGCCACCGCUAAGUGUAGCACCACUGGAAAGCUGUUGGGAGCUCACAUGAGUCACAACUCAGAGGUGGAUAUUGCUGGUCUCUCUCUCAGAGUCAACAACGAUGCCCGAUUCAACUCACAGCCACUCCGAUUUGACACCACCAUUCGUGCUACAGCUGUUCCAUUUGCCUUCAACGUUGAUGCCAUUGCUAAUGCUGAUGGAGACUUGAAUCUGUAUGGCAAACAGAGUGCUCAGCUGUACACUAAGGUUCUCCUGAAGGCAGAGCCUCUGGCUUUCGCACACUCGCAUGAAUGCAGAGUUUCAACAACCCAGAACCUGGACAACGGCGUUUCCAUCGAGACCAACCUUGAUAACAAGGUUGACACUAUUCUCUCACCUUCAGAGCAAAAGGCUGCAUUGAGACUGAAGGCCAAAGUGAACAAUCAUGCCAUCAACCAGGAGCUUAGUGUUUUCAACACCCCUGAAAGGCUUGGAUUGGAAGUGUCAGGAGCAGUCAUCACCAACCUCUUAAACACAGUUGAUCAGGAAAACCAAGAUUUCUCUGUCUCUGGUUUCCUGAAAUAUGACAAAAGCACAGAUAGCCACGUGAUUAAUAUUCCAUUCAUUGAGAGUUUGCCCGCAAUUCUGGAAAAUGUCAAAAUCAUAGUUGUGAACAUGGCUGAAGCCUUGCAGAGUUACAUCAACAAGCAUGACAUCGCUGCCAAGAUUGAGAAUCUGCCUCAGCUCAUCAGUGACUUUGUGACCGAACUGAACCUGGAAGGACGGGUUAUUCAGCUGAGAACCGAACUGAUUGCUCUCACUCAGGAGUAUGCCAUCACCCUGGACGACCUAGAGGCCUCCCUGCUGAACAUCAAGGCUGCUCUUGAGAAGCUUUUGAGUGACUUGACCAUCCGCAUUCAUGACGUUGUUGACCUUGUGAAGGAGCUCAUUGUCAGCGGCACCCUGUCUGACACAGUUGUGCAGAGGCUUACUGAGGAGCUGAAUGCCUUCAAUGAAGAAUAUGACAUCAGUGCCAUUGUGCUUGCUGUCAUUGAGGCCAUUGAAGAUGUGAUCAAGAAGAUCGAUCUGGCGAAGCUGCAGGACAGCAGCAUUGCCUUCUUGCAUGACCUUGAUGCAAAAUAUGCUGUUAAAGAGAAUCUGGAGGAGACAAUGAGCAAACUGAAACAGAUGAUUGAGAGCUUUGACAAGGCUAAGCUGGUGGAAGACUUGAAGAACCUUAUAAGCUCAGUUGACAUUCAGAGUUAUGUGGAGACCGUAAAGGCUCAAAUUCCAACAGAAGAACUCACAAAGAUUGUUGACACUGCUAAAGCUUUAAUCACUGAAAUGAACAUCAUUGAGAGGUUGAAUGGAAUCUAUGGCAAUGUGAGGUCUGUUCUUGUCAAAUAUGAAGUUGACAAAAGGAUUGAAGCUCUUCUGGACAAGAUUGUAGAGCUUAUCAAACAUUUCAAGUUUGAUGAAACAGUUCAGGUUGUUGCUAAUACUCUGAAGACUAUUCCCGUCCCUGUUACUAAACUUCUGGAUGAUGCCAUUACUUACCUAAAGGAAACUGAAGUCAAACAAGCUAUUGAACACCUGAAUGAGCACAUUGAUGCCUUUAUCAGUCAAGUCAAAUCAUUUGACUACAAUGCAUUUGUAGAUGAGGCAAAUCAGAAAAUUAGUGAAUACAUCACUGAACUGAAUACAUUAAUCUCAUCACUUGAAGUCCCACAGAAGGUUGAAGCUACCAGAGAGUUUCUCAAUUACAUUGUCUCAUCUUUGAAUGCUUUCUUAGAGGAACUUAGGGAAGUCAAAGUUGCAGAUGUGAUCAAAACCCUGAAGGACAUCAUUGACAGUGUUGUUCUUAACGAUGUCAAGACAUUAGUUGAUAAUCUCAAGCAAAGAAUUCCUGAGAUGGAUCUGAAAGGAGAAAUUCACCAGGUCCUGCAGCAGGUCAGCGAUGUCUACACCAAGAUCCUGACCAUUGUCACUGAUUCUUUUGUUGUUGUGAUUGAGAUGGCAAACAAACUGCUUGCUGAGCAACCAAUCUUCAGUGAGGUGAAGCAACUUGUUGAAGGAAUUGUCAAUGGACUGAAGACAGCUGAGCUGGAGCUCCCUUCACUCACUGUUCCAUUCACCAACCUGGUCCUUCCCUCAAUGAAGAUAAGCCUGGACAAACUUCAGGAGAUUGAGCUCCCAUCUCAGGUUGACAUUCCAGAGUUCACCAUUCUGGGAUUCCACACUGUGCCAGCCACCACCAUUACCUAUGACGACCUUAAACAGAGGAUAACUGAGAUUAUUGACUUCAUAUUGAACUUGGAAUUCAAUAUGUUGGAUGUGGAUGCCUUCUUUGGAGAACUGAAAAUGAACUACCUCCCUGAUCUGUCUGCAGUUACACUGCCAGAGAUCACAAUUCCAGAGAUCUCACUUCCUGCCAUCCCAAAGUUCAAUCUUGAGCAUGGCCUGGACAUUCCCCUGCAGAUUCCUGAGAUUAAGUUGCCUGCAAUCCCAAGCGAGCUCCUGAUGCCAUGUUUUGGAAAGCUCUAUGGUGAGAUUCGUGCCAGCACUCCAAUUUACAACAUCAGGACUUCUGCUGAGUUCCAGAACUCCACUGACAGUGAGGAGACACCCCAGUUCACUAUUUUCAUUACCUCGCAGGGUAAAUCCGAAAGCUUAGAGAUUCUCAACUACAACCUGGACUCUACAGCCCGUGUGGCAGUUCCCAAAAUGAGUCGUGUGAUUAUAGCUGAUACUCUUAAGUUCACCCACAGUGCUGUUGCUGUUGAACACCAAGCAUCAGUGACCAUCUAUGGCCAGUCUGCCCAGGCUUCUGGAAAGACAACCAUUAAGGUCACCACAGCUCCCUACACAGGAACCAUCGUCAACAGUGCAUUCCUUGCCAUUGAGGAUGGAAUGUCUUUUGCUGUGGAUACGACCUACAACCAUCAAGUGGACGUCCCUCUGCUCACAUUGACCAGUGAGGCUUCUCUGACUCAGAAGCUAGUUGUUCGCCAGGAAUCCACCACCAUCACCCUGACCGUUGGCAAUGAAGGCACUGGGAAAAUUGGCCUAUUUGACUUCUCUGAUGAAGGUACCCAUAAGAGUGACCUGCACUUUACCAUUGACCCGAGCACUGCCAAGCUCACUUUGAGUGGAGACACUGAUGCAUCUUCUUUGAAAAUCAAACAAAAAGUCAGUGCUGAUGGUGUUGUCUUUAGCCACAUUACCUUUGAUGCCCGAGUGGAGGCUGAGUCUUCUUUCAUCAAAAACAGCUUGAUUGUUGCAUCAGGGAAUGCCCACUUGGGUGACAUGAAGGUGGAAGCAAAGGUAAACCAUGACACAGAGCUUGUUGGUGCAUUCAGUGGCACUCUGUCCAAUGCUCUCAACAUUUUGAUCCAGCCCAUUGAGGUUGUCUUGGAUUUCCAGAACAAGGGUAAUACCAUACUCAGCCUGCCUGAAUCACUAUCUGCCAAGAUUGAUCUUCAGAACGAUUACUCUGUGACCCUCAACCUCGACAUGCAGCAGGUUAACACUGUGGCCCUUCUGCGCCUCAACCAGUACAAGUACAGCCACAACUUAACUAUUGACCACAACAAGGCAGAGGCUGGUGUCUAUGCUGCUGUGAAUGGUGAGGCCAACCUUGACUUUCUGACUGUCCCAAUCAGCAUUCCUGAAAUUGCUGUGCCAGUCAUUGAUUUCAAGACCCCAGCUAUCAAUGACAUCAACUUGUAUGAGCACACUGGCCUUAAAGACCUGCUGACCACCACAGAGCAGACAUUUGAUGUGGAUGCUAAGAUUGUGUACCAGAAGAGUAGGUUUGCACCCAUUUUUGAUCUGGGUCUGAUCAGUGUCCCUGCUCUUGGCAACUUGAUUUCUGAGAUGACUUUCAAAUCCGCCAUCUUCAAUCUGAAUGCAAAUGCUGCCAUACACGGAGACGAUGACCUCGUGAUCCGCAUUGGUGCUAUUUCUGCCUCUGUGUUUGAGGGUCUGAAAGCCAAGCUUGAUGGAACCAGCAGCCUCACCACCAAAAGAGGAGUGAAGCUGGCCACUGCCCUGUCCCUAGAGAAUGUUCACAUUCAGGGAACUCAUGACAGCACAGUGAGCCUGAACACAGAUGAUCUGGAAGCCUCAGCAUCUCUGACUACUGUGGCCAAGGUUAACCUGCCCAUCUUGACUCUUGAAGCUAGCCAUCACCUGCUUGGAGACACUAAGACUCACCCCACUGCAACAUCCACCCUCAAAGCCAAAUACACCAUGGACAUUCCCAUCAUCCAAGCUGUUGGAAGUGGAGAUGCUGAAAACUCUCUGAAAAUUGAAGCUGGCCUUUUCUUCAUCUCUGCCGAGACAGCCACGAAGGGAAGCAUUGAUGGAACAUUCCUGGAAAGUGGUGUGAUCAAGGGAGCUCUGGACAACGAGGCUUCUCUCUUCUUGGGCCGUGAUGGUCUGCGCUCCACUCUGAAGACUGUUGGCAAUGCCAAUGUCAAUCGCGGGGAUCUAAAAGUGGAACUUGAUGUGGAUGAGAAUCUGGCCCUGGAAGCAGCUCUUAGCCGUGUGUAUGCUGUGCUAAAACUUGCCUGCAACAAUGAGAUCAACGUCGCUGCCCUCAACACAAAGGGGAAGCACUCUGCCCAGGCCACAAUUGACUUAGCUCCACUGAAUUCUCUGACUGCAGAUGUUGAGAUUGACUUGUCUCAGCCAAGCACCCUUGGUGAUCUUAGCAUCUUUGAGAAAGCUGUUGCAGAAGUGACUGCAGCCAAGCAGACAGUAGCCAGCACCAGCAAGAUCAUCUCUCCUGUGUACACCACCAAUGUUGAGGCUAAGGUUGAGGGUGAAGCCCCCAUCUACACAGUUAUUUUCAAGGCUUCUGCAACUUCUCCCAUUGUUCUGCUGGAUUAUGAUCUUGAUAGUUCCAUAAGCUCUGCCAUGGACAACGAUGCCUUGAGCCUUACUGCUAAAGCUGUCCUUACACAUGCUGAGGCUACUUUGGACAUUCAACAUGUUCUUUCCCUGGCUCUGAGUCACACUUUGAACAUGGACAUCACAAGCCCGAGCUUCACCGAUGUGAACUUCCGCUAUGCUGCCCGUACAGAUGGAAUUAGUGUUUCAGUCUCCACACCUUCCACUGGCUUCCUUGGACUUCAACUCCAGGGAAGCAUCCCAUCUCAGCUGCAUGCUAGGCUAUAUAGCCGCUAUGCAUCUGCACCUGAAGAUGAUGUGGAUAUCCUGAGCAUUAGAGCUGCUGCAAAGGAGGAUAAGAAGAUGCAUCUCCAGGCAGCCUACAACCUGGAGGCUCCCCACGAGAUGAUCAUGGGCCUGAAGGAGAGACUGCCUGCUAUCACCUCAUCCAUCACUGGCUUUGCUGACAAGUAUGGCAUCCUUGGUGCUGUCAGAGGACUGUGGGCUACCAUUGUCAAUGGCAUCACUGAGGCCUACACUGCUGCAUCUGCACACGCCCCCGAGCUGAGUCAGCUGUCCAUUCUCUUCAGGAACGUCAUUGUACAGUAUCAGAAAACUGUGCAAAUCUUUAUUGAUGCUGCAGUCAAGAUCCUGAGGGAAACGCAUAUCCAGCUCCCUGGCAUGGAAGAGAAGACAAGCCUGCCUGAGAUCUGCCAGAAAGUCACUAGCAAUGUUGCCACAGUUCUGGAGCAGCUUGUGCAGGUGAUCACUGACAACCUGGAAGUUUACCUCACACCCAUUAUUGAAACCAUCAGCCCUGUCCAAGUGGUACUGCCAUCAGGUGAGGUCAUGACUGGAACCCAAAUUCUGGACCACGUAAAGAGCACCCUGAAGACACUUUCAACUCAGGCUGUAGAACUGGUAAGGGAGUUGGAGAGUCUUGAUGUGAUCCUUCAGAAGCUUGGUGAGACCCUCCACGCAGUGGUUGAGAAGGCACAAGAAUUCAUUGACAACAUUAAGUCUGAUAUCCUUGACACCGCUGCUGUGUACCUCAAUGCUUACUAUGCCAACCUUGUCACAGUAGUCAAGAGCCUGUUGGAGAUGGUUGAUGCUGAGCUUACCAUUGAGAAGCUGAAUGAAAUCAUUGGGCACUGCUUGGAUUAUGUUAUGUCCAUUCUGAGUACAGUCAUCAGCACAGUUGCUGGUGUUCUACCUACUGAUGGUCUUGUAAAGGUAAAUGAUGGAAAGUUGGAGAUUGAGCUUCCUUUCCCCUUCCAUCAGUAAGGCAAUUAUUCUGGAUAAACUGUGAAUACUUUAAACACUACCUGUUGAAUAUAAGGUGUGAAAGACCACCAUGGAUGCUUAAUGCAAAUAUAAUGUUAGCAUGUAUUUAAAGCAGUCUCAGUAGCUUGAACAGCUUUUUAAAACAGAAGUGUAUCAUUCCAUUUGUGUAAAUGACAACUGAAAUGCAAACUCAAUAUUCACCUCAAAAAAUAUAUCUUUAUUGAGUGUUUCUUCCAUUCAUGUCUAAAACAUACUAUGUUAUGAACAAAGCUCAAUAAAGAUCAUUUGUACUGCA